AAAAAAACAUCAUCAUCGCUGUUGGUGCGGGGGGUCACGAACUAUGACCUUUAACAGGAGAAAAACACAACAAUUAUUUUUGUAAAACAACCGGGCGCCUUAAAGCGGUGAGCGCCGUCCCUCCUAGAUCUUGCUAAUGACUCCACAUGAUUAUGGCGACCAACCUGAAUCUGCUCGUUCAGCAGAAAGCAGACUCUGAGCAUGAGACAGAGGGGUCAUGCUCUCCAUCAGAUCCAGUGGUGGGUGAGUCUCCCCAGCGCUUUCAGGUCAUCUCUGCUGAGCCUGACACCACACCACAGAGAAUACAGAUUGUAACCGACCAGCAGACGGGUCAGAAGAUCCAGAUAGUGAGAGCAAUGGACCCGUCCAGUGCUCCAAAGCAGCAGUUCAUCUUGACCACUGCUGACAGCUUAGGAGCAAGCAAGGUUAUCCUGGCUUCACCAGAGACACACAACACAAAGCAGGUCAUCUUUACUGCUGCAGACAGUCUAAGGCCAGGAAGGAUACAGAUUGUCACAGAUCCUGUUUCAAUGGAGCGGUUGUUAGGACAGUCAGGAGAUUUGAGCCGAUCUCAGCCUGUGGAGUAUUGUGUGGUGUGUGGGGACAAAGCUUCAGGGCGUCACUAUGGAGCUGUUAGCUGCGAGGGAUGCAAAGGUUUCUUCAAGCGUAGUGUGAGGAAGAAUCUAACCUACAGCUGUCGCAGCAAGCAGGACUGUAUCAUCAACAAACACCACCGCAACCGCUGCCAGUUCUGCCGGCUCAGAAAAUGCCUUAAGAUGGGGAUGAAAACUGAUUCUGUACAGAGUGAGAGGAAACCCAUCGACAUUGUGCCCAGAGAAAGACACGCCAACUGUGCUGCUUCCACCCAGAAGAUCUACAUCCGCAAGGAUCUUAAUAGCCCACUUAUCGCCACACCAACCUUUAUCUCUGACACAGAUACAGAUGGUUCAAGCCUGCUGGACCAGGGGAUGCUGGUUAAUAUCCAGCAGCCGGUUAUUCAAGCUGAUGGAACGUUGCUGCUGGCGACAGACUCCAAGAUGGAUUCUGGGCAGGGAGACCUGGGGACUUUAGCCAAUGUAGUGACAUCACUCGCCAGCCUGAGUGACUCACUAAGAGAAAACCUGAACAAUGGUGAUACCUCAGACAGCCAGCAGGAGGGGCAGUCUGCAACAGAGAUAACACGUGCCUUUGACACUCUGGCCAAAGUAUUCAACCCACCUGAUGCAGGGGUGGAAGAGAACCCGUCUGAAAAGCCGCAGUGUGUCAGUGGAACCACCAUCCAACUGAUUGGACGGGACCAGGAGACACCCAUCAUUGAGGUGGAGGGACCGCUGCUCACAGACAGCCAUGUUAGUUUUAAGCUGACCAUGCCCAGCCCCAUGCCAGAGUAUUUGAAUGUACACUACAUCUGUGAGUCGGCGUCCAGACUUCUCUUCCUCUCCAUGCACUGGGCGCGCUCCAUCCCUGCCUUCUUAGCUCUUGGUCAGGAGGCAAACACCAGCUUGGUACGUGCUUGCUGGAACGAGCUGUUCAUUUUGGGCCUUGCUCAAUGCACUCACGUGAUGAACCUAUCAACCAUCCUUGCAGCCAUCAUUAACCAUCUCCAAAGCAGCGUCCAGGACGAAAAAUUCUCUGGGGAGAGGGUGAAGCAGGUGAUGGAGCACAUCUGGAAGUUCCAGGAGUUCUGUAACAGCAUGACACGGCUGGAGACUGACAGCUAUGAGUAUGCCUACCUAAAGGCUAUAGUGUUGUUUAGUCCUGACCACCCAGGUGUAGAUAGCAGUGGCCAAGUUGAGAAGUUCCAAGAAAAAGCUCUCAUGGAGCUACAAGACUAUGUGCAAAAAACAUAUCCUGAAGACACAUACAGAUUAACACGUAUCCUGACCCGUCUGCCUGCCCUCCGUCUCAUGAACUCAAGUAUCACAGAAGAGCUCUUCUUCACUGGCUUGAUAGGCAACGUCUCUAUUGACAGCAUCAUUCCCUACAUCCUCAAGAUGGAGACGGCGGAGUAUAGCAGCCAGGAAUUAGACUCCCCAGAUUGAAAACACUCCAAGGUCUCAAAAAUGGGCUAAGUUUGAAAGUCUUAUUUUCAGGUAUUUUUUCUCUAGAUGGCUGUAGUUGAACUACAAAUCCUUGUUUUCUAGCUUUAUUAAGGGAACGCCUGCUGGAUUUAGCGUAACGUGGCAUUGGAAAACACGGAUGAUGGGGAAUGUUUUCUGCAUUAGAUUCUGUGAGUUCCUGUUAACCACAAGGAAAAAAAAAACUUUCAGCUGUAACUGCUUCACUAUUAUUUAUGCCUAGACGGUAUUUAACACCUCAGCCCCAUUAUUUAAAAAUUUGACCAUUUAAAUAAUUGUUUAAAAUUUAAAUAAGCCUUAAAUUCUUUAAUGUUGAUGAAAUACAUGUUAACUGUGUGGUACUACCCUUUAAUCCAAAAA